CGCGCGGCGGGGGUGGGCCUGCCUGGCGGGCCGGGCGCUGCAGGGAGCUGUCAGUCAGGCGGCGGCCCCGGCCCUGCCUGGGUGAUGUCAGCGGAUCAGCUGCUCUAUAACAAAGCGCAGCGAGCCCGGCGCCCGCACAGACGCCGCGGUUGGGGUGCGCGGAGCCGUUCGCUCCGCGGGCUCUAGGGGGAGACAGGGCGGGAGAGCGCGGACAGCCGCCCAGGGCGCCCAGCGGCCCCGGCCAUGGACAGCGAUGAGGACACGCUGGAGGAGACCGUGGAAGGGCUUCUGGAUGAUGAUGGGUUGCCACAUGGGUUCUGUACAGUCACCUAUUCAUCCACAGACAGAUUUGAGGGAAACUUUGUGCAUGGAGAAAAGAACGGCCGUGGCAAGUUCUUCUUUUUUGAUGGAAGCACACUGGAAGGGUAUUAUGUCGAUGAUGCUCUCCAAGGCCAGGGACUCUACACUUAUGAGGAUGGAGGGGUUCUUCAUGGCACGCAUGUGGAUGGAGAACUUAAUGGACCUGCCCAGGAAUAUGACAUUGAUGGACGACUGAUAUUCAAAGGGCAGUACAAAGAUGAUAAUCGACAUGGCGUGUGUUGGAUAUAUUACCCGGAUGGAGGCAGCCUUGUUGGAGAAGUGAAUGAAGAAGGGGAGAUGACGGGGGAAAAAAUAGCCUAUGUGUACCCUGAUGAGAAGACUGCAUAUUAUGGAAGGUUCAUAGAUGGAGAAAUGAUAGAAGCAAAACUGGCAACUCUUACAUCUGUAGAGGAGGGAAAGCCACACUUUGAACUGAUACCAGGCAGCCCAGUAUACAGUUUUGAUAAAUCUACUUCAUCUUGCAUUUCUACAAAUGCACUUCUUCCUGAUCCUUACGAGUCAGAGAGGGUGUAUGUUGAUGCAUCUCUCAUUUCCAGUGCUGGCGAAGGAUUAUUUUCUAAAAUAGCAGCAGGAUCGCGCAUGGUUAUGUCCUUUUACAAUGGAGUGCGAAUUACACACCAGGAGGUGGACAGCAGAGACUGGGCCCUCAAUGGAAACACAAUAGCCCUGGAUGAUGAAACAGUCAUAGAUGUGCCAGAGCCUUACAACCAUGCCACCAAGUAUUGUGCCUCGCUGGGGCAUAAGGCCAACCACUCCUUCACUCCUAAUUGCAUCUAUGACCCGUUUGUUCAUCCUCGUUUUGGCCCAAUCAAGUGUAUACGCACCAUCAGGGCUGUGGAGAAGGAUGAAGAAUUAACAGUGGCUUAUGGAUAUGAUCACAAUCCCAUCGGGCAGAAUGGGCCAGAAGCACCAGAAUGGUACCAGGUGGAACUGAAAGCCUUCGAGGCUGCCCAGCAGAAGUGAAAUGCAGGAAAAUUCUCAGUUCAGCAAACUGAAAUAGAAAAUUUGAUCUAUGCACUACCUUUAUAUUGAAAACUGGACAACCAGGGAUUUGUUCAUGCUGUUGCAUCAUAACCUCUCAUUCAGUGUUAGAAACCAGUUUCUUGCGUACUAACUAGGUUUGACUGCGUUAUUCAUAGCAGAUUUUAAAUUAGCUAGUGUUGCACCAGUCUUAUCUGAAAGAAUUAUUAAAUAUUCUAUACAAGGCAGUGUGAUAUUUUUAGUAGCUUUUAUCUAAUUCUGCACCAUAUGCAAAGAUGCCAAAAGAUUAGACCGAAAAUGAAAAGAUCAUUCACUUCUAGUCAGCAGACUUCAGUGUUACUAUUUCUACGGCCUAGGCAUUACUGUGUGACUGCAUUUUACAUACAUGGCAUUUGUGAUGAUAAUAUUUUGAUAUUCUCUAAUAGUGUAAUUUGCCUUUUUAAACCUUUGAUCUUAAUCUUGCAAUAGAGCAGUUUAUUUAUUGGUGUAUGGGAGGCUGGGUUUUUAAUUCCCUGGUCCUCUUAUCUGAGCGUUGUUCUUUUUACAAAUCCUCUCUUGCAGGAGAAAACCUUUCUGACAAGUGAAAAAGGUUUGUGUACUUGAGAGAGAGAGUGCUGUGUAUAGAUCUUUGUGGCGUGUUAUAUAAAUAGUUUUAGUGAUGUUCAUGUCCAAAACAAACACGUGUUUGGCCUUUGGGGCUGGGAUACACUGUUUAAUUAUGAUUAUCGCACAUGAAUUAACAUGUAUUUGCAUGAAGAUGUUCAAAGAUGAGAAAGUGGGGUUUGAUUUUAUUAUUAUUUUUAAGAUUGACUUUCAGGAACAAGGGUGCUGGAACUAUUUUAUGGGGGUGCGGAGAGCCAUCGUAUCAAAUUGUAAACCAUCUAUAUGAAGGAAAACACUUUAAGCCAGCACCCUUACUUCUAGCACCUAUGUUCGGGGAGGGGGGAAGCAUUGGAUGGUAUCUGGGGGACUUCUUCUUUCUAUGUCUCACUUAUCAGAGCUACUAAUUCUUAAGGCUGAAUUCUGCCUUUGAAUGCAUAUUUCUCUUUUGAAGUCCGUAGAAGUAUAUGCAUCUGCAGGCAGAAGGUAGUCCUGGGUUAGUAUAGAGGGUCACCGUCUCCACUGGUAUAACAUCUGCAGAGAAUAUGGUCCAUACUGGUCUUGUUCGUUUUGAGGCAUAGUAAAUGAGUUUAACGAUAGGUGACAUACUAAGAUUCAAAUAGCAACUGCAAAAGGGGUUUUACUGAAAGACUGAAACAAUUAAUGUAAAAACAUCAGUCGCUAUUGUUAAGAGACAUUUAGAAAAUGUCAGCUUCUGUUGUUUAUAGAUCUACUUCAGCAGAUAACGGGCUCCUGAACAUUCAUCUGGAAAUUAACAAGUCUUGCCUAAUGUUGUAGAAGAGAUUAAUAAAGCCACCAUUUCAGUUUAGAUAAUCCAGGCCUUCUUGGGCAUCUACAAUCGUGCUGACCUUUUUGUUUGGGGGUUUUAAGUAGUUCAGGAACAGUUAAAAUGCAUUUUCAAUAUGCUUACUUUUAAAUGAGUAUAGAAUUGCGUGUGUGUGACAUACAAAAGUUUUAGGGAAAAUUAGACCUAAAUUUCUACAACAGCAGUAGCAUCUUUGAUCUGUUGCUUUAAGCGUUGAGAGCUACCCAUCCAGUUUUCUUGGAUCUGAAAACUAGUAUGAAUACAGGUUUCCAAUUCAAAUAGAGAAAAGCAUCUGACAGUAUAGGAACUAGAUGUUUUUAGAGAAUGCAUUGGAUGGACCAAAGGCACAGAAGAAUGAUGUUGCUAUUUUAUGCUGUGAGGAUCCUCAAUGUGGUGUACAUACAAAGUUAGGGAAUUCAAGUAAGGCCCUCUUUAAUUUGGGGCUCUAUUUAUUUAGCUCAUACAAUUGUUGAUCACAAAGCCUUUUCAGGACUUUGACAUUUAGGCUUGCACAGAAGCUAAUCUUCAGUUGGUGGGUCUAUGCCCUGGGUUCCAUGGCACUCUCCCAGCAAAGAUCAGAAUGCAGGCUUUUUCAACACCCACUCCUUCACUCUGGAGACUGUAGGCACAUUGGUGUUUCUUCAUAUAUGGCAGGUAGCCUACAUAGAUGAUAUUUUGGUGACUCAGCUUGGGUAUGCUAAGACCAAACUGAUCCUCACACCUAGUGGAGAGUUGUCAAAGGCUGAUUGACAAUACCACUUCAGCAGAUGAUUCUCAAAAGGAAAUAUGAAUGUUAGAACUAUUCCUGCCUCCACACAGAUCAACAUUUUAAGAGCAUCACAAUGUUGAGGCGUAACUGCUGCUUUAUUAGAGACAUAUUAUUAUAUGUCUUCCUUUAAACUGUUGAAAGGAUCUUGAAAAUUAGGGUUGUUUCAAUGGGAAACAAAAAUGGUCUGGCUGAACUCUGCUAUGAAUGAAUAGCAAACUGAUUUGACUUACUCUAGGUAAUUGUCCAUAGGGAGGUUGCUUACAUUUCCAUGUCACUUGGAAAAUCUUGUAUAAGGUGUUCUGUCUGCUACAGUCCUCUUGCUUCACUUUGAUUCCUGCCUCUGCUGUCUCCCAUGAACUUUGUUCAUGGAGGUGAUCUGUUUUGUUUUUUAAGGCAAACAUUAGACAACUGCUUUCUGCUGCUUACAGACUUGAUUGUUGUAAUGCAAAAAUAGAGAAUUAAGCCCGCAGGUUGCCAAAAUAAUGGUCUUAAUUGUUUGGUUUUUUUCUAAAGCCAUUCAUUUUGGUGUUGGGCAAGUAGAUUAUCAAGUACUGAUUUAAGGAUGUUGAAGUCUGAGGAUGUGCCAUAAUCAUGAUAAGCAAAAGCCUAGUCUCUCUCUUCACAUUGCUAUACUACUCCCUGCUCCAUUAGAAACUGUUGAUCCUCCUGCUGGUUCUUCCCCAAUUACACAUCUUAUAACAUCAACAUCUUUGUUUUGAAUCAGGUCUGAUUCUUUUUCAUUUCUCCUGUGGGCUCUCGGGGAUUGGAAAUUGCUGGUGUAAAUACCCGUUUCUUUUACAGGGACACUGACUUUGGCUUGAAAUGCAGUCUGAUAUAUAUUCUUUUGUUUCAAUGGCCUUGUUGGCUCAAUAACCUUUGAUUGUUCAGAAUUACAUGGGUAGCCUGCAGUUUAAUUUCUUAAUCCAUUCUAGACCUUGCAGAUAAACUUGUGGAACCUUCAGGUAAAAAAAUUUUGUGAAAUGAGUUGAGUAGUGGUACUUAAGAGACCUAUACAGAAAAUUUCUCUCUGGUUCUAGGCAAGUAGUCUUUAUGUAAAGUGACCCACAGGAGAAUGGAUACAUUUACUGUGUUGCUAAUAUGUAAUUAAACCAAAAUCUAAAUAGAGUUAGAUUCACAUGAGGACAGCAAACUCUUGUGCUCAGAGCCUGGCAAAGACAUGUCCUAUUACAAGAAAUUGAAGGCAGAUGAACUACAGAUAGGGACACAUGCUGUCCAGGGAACACUGCUUGACUACGUGGCAUAGUAUUCUUUAUUCCUGGAGGAUGGCACAGCAGAAUAUUUAGUUCCCACCUAGAUGCUCAUUGUGAUUUGGGUGUGACUCCAAUUCCAGCCUCCUUGUUUGUGUCAGGGUCUGCAAAAUCUUCCCAUAAAUAAGUAUCUGUAAUAAGAUGAUUGCCCCAGCUCCUCCUUAUGAAGGAGCAGCACAUAAAGCAGUUUGCAAAUCAGUCCUCAACCUAAAUACUAUGGUGGUUUGUGCCCUAGAUCGCCUUUGUCUUUCUGCCAGGUAAUCUGGCUAGGACCAAGCACUGCCAAGACAGCAGCUUGUCAUUGUAAUCAGGAGUCCAGUAGUUUGUGGAGAGCUAGCAUCAAGUCUCUUAUGAAACUAGAGAAAUCGAGGAACUUGAGGUUGCUGAAAGACCUAGUAAUUGUAGAAGAGCCAAAGCAGCAUGAGAAGAAGGGCUCUGAACUGUAAUGUUAGCUGCUAGGUGUAUUUUGUGGACUUCAGGAACAGGGAAGUGGGAUUAGGCUGUUUUCUUAGUCAUGCUCAACACAUGCCUUUUAAGGAUUCAAGUUAAGAGGAAUUAAUUCACAAAAGUCAACCUGACAAAUCUGAGCUGGGAUAAUUUUGGAAAAUCAAAAUCAUGUUGGAGCUGGGUUUUGCUGACCAUUAGUCAACCUGAGUGGAAAGUGGAAUGGGUUAGAAAGAUUUGACUACAUGAAUUCUCUACUUCAUUCUGCCUUUCUGAAGUUCUGAUCUACUUUUAACUGCUCACUGGUGAAACAGACAGUCAAAAGAUCAUCUGGGACCUUGUUUGAUGAUCUCCACCUCCAUGAUGAUCUGUGGUGUGAGAACCUAGACAUUUAUGGAGUGAAUAGAGUUUUAAGCCUUAAAAGGCCUUAAAAUUAAAGGGGAGACUAUCAUUAUACAAUCCCAAACAAGGGAUCAGAGCCACAAUAAUGUUGCUUUGUUCACACAGGAACAAGAGAACUCAGCAGGACUACCAGGGGGAUUCACAACCACCACCACGUGCUUCAGCCACAGAACAGCCUGUGCACCUAGCUUGCUUCUAGCUACUGCUGGAUGUCUGUGGUUAGUGGUAGAUGUAGCCCAUCUGCUUCCCUUUUCCAUUGGCUUUGGACCCUACUCAUUCAUACUGUGUGGUCCCAUUUACCCAGCUGCAGUUUGUGGGUGUCACUUAUAUUGCAGUAGAACCCGAAGAUGCCAGUCAGGAUUGCAGCCCCAUUGCACUAGUGGCUGUAUUAAAACACAGGAGGGCAUUAUCUCUGCCUUGAAAAGCUUUCGAUUUUGACCACUUUCACUUGACUUGACAUCCCCUUGGAGAGGACAUUGGUGGUGGUCAGAGGUAUGGGAUUCCCCAGAUCAGAUUCUUUGUGGCUUUAUUUCAUUUGCACAACAGAUGUAUCCUAAAGCUCUCUGCCCAUACAUGCCUCUGGAGGCCACCUCUCAAUUUGGUCCAAUGGUACCAGAUAACUUUAUUUAAAAAAAAAAAAAAAAAAAAAAAGCACUAUUUCCCAUUUCGCUGAAACAUGGUCCUUAAAAAAAACAGGGGCAAUGUAUAUAGUAUCAUAAGUAACCUAAUGUUCGAGUAUUUGGAUGGGCAACUUGAGACAGAGGACCAACUUCACCCAUCUGAUAUAAGCAUACACCACUGGAAUCAAUGUAUUUGCACUUACUUAAACCAGUGGAGAAUCUGGGGAUAUCUCUAUGGAACUAGCAGCCUUAAAACUAUAUUUUGGAAGUAGUGAUUAUGAAUUGUAUUCCAAAUGACUUUUAAAAAAUUGUUGCACGAUUUGAUGGUUGUAUGUUUACCUGUCAUAGAUCAAAGGUUUUGAACACUGAUUUCUAACUAUCCAGUGGAUCCUUCUUGUGUCUGUCUUUUUCCCUCCAGUUCAGCAGAAGCUGCCCUUCUCUAAUUUUAUUUCAAAUACAUUUGAUUUUUAAAUAGACUUCAUUCUUUUUUCAAAGGAACUAGGUAUAUAAAUUCAAAGCAAUGAAAUAUUCAAGCCAUAAAACCACAGGUGUGGGAAACCCUUUUCACAAGUUUUAACGUGUUUGUAUGUAAAUAGAUGUUUGUAUGAAAUAUUUUCAUGGUAGAAUGAAUAUAUUUAAAAAAAAAAUGUUCCCCUCUAUUUGAAAUCAGAUUUACAAGAGUGUCUUUUUAUAAGAUCUGAGUACAACUGAAAAUAAGUACAUGAAACUUUUAAAAUUUGGAGAUGCAGCAUAUUAUCCUUACAGUAGCUAAUAGAUAAGCUAUUGAGAGAGAAUAUGUAUGUAGUGUUGCAUAUAACUGUCAUAAUCAUUUCAAUACCAUGGCCAAUCACAUCUUUAAGACAAACCUUUCAAUUGUCCCUCAGUUAUAUGCAUUAUAUAAUAAAAGCUUCAGUCUCCGUCUUCUCCUAUAAAACUUUUUUCAACUGUAAUUAAUUUUAUUUCAAAAUAACUACUGUACUGAGUUAACUAAAACUGAGACUGGAAACAAUUCCAUUUUAUCUAAGCUGCCAGCUCUGACAGUUUCUGCUAUUUUUACACUUUUUAGGCCACAAUUGUUCGGUCUCUGAAUUCUAAGGUAUGCUAAAGAAUCCAGUCUGGGGGUAAGCUUACAUGUGACUUGAGAAGUGAAUCCCACAAUAAUUAGCUUGUAUACAGAACUUGAUAGGUGUUUUAUGACAUUUGUACUAGAACUGUGAGCCUUAUUGAACAUCAUUAGGUUUAUUUAUGACUUUUAAAACAAUGGAUAACUCUAAAGAAAGAUGUUUACAUGAAUGAUGCCUGCCCUUCCUCUCAUGUUAUGAAUGAGGUUUUUUAUACAGUGUGUUUGGGUGCAUGUGCCCAGAUGUAGGAAAGAUGUUUCUGGGGAAAAAUAUUGACAAACAUUUGUGAUAAAUGAAUCUUAUAAACUGUUUAAUUGCGUGAUGAAAGCAAUGCAGGUAUUAAAAUAUUCAAACAGAA